CCUCUGAUAUCUUCGUGACAAUAAAUCAACAAAUACCGACAGUUCUUAUCUUCCGUCAUUUGACAUUGUCAAGUUUUUUUUUCCAUUAAAUGUUUUCGAAUUAACUCGCAGAACUUCAGUGUGAUGUCAAUUAUUGCUGACAGGAAGACGGAUGAGGUUACCGUGAGAAGAGAACGACCGGGUCGGUUUUGCAUCAGGCUUCAAUGGCAGAAACCGGGGGAAAUUAAAACCCCAAUUGGCGAUAUGGAAGUCACAUCUUUCCAUUAUUAUUGCAACUCAUUUAAAGUUAAAGGGGGUCAAUACAUUCUGAGCAUAACAAAGUAUGGUUUUCAACAGGAAAGCAAAGAAAUUUGGUGUGACGCUCAGGUUCUCAGGUAUGCAUGUAAUGAUGAGGAAGAUGACGAUCAUGAAUCGCGACCUUCCGCUGUUUCGAUGUUUAUAAAUGAAGAAGAAACGAGACAUCAAUUGCUGGAAUCUUAUAGUUUGGAUCGGUGGGAUUUAAAAGACAACAGCUUUAGGAAUCCAGAUAGGGAAGUCCUUACCGAAAUUGCAUACUGUCAGACGAAAAAUCCAAACGAAAGUAAACCCUUGACCUGUCUUCUCUGGCUCGAGUUUGAAACCAUCGCGGGCGGAGAAAAAAACGCCCUCAAACAACUGACUGAGUUGUAUGUCCAGCAGAAUCAGUGCGAUGUCCAGUUUAACUUGCAAGAUGAUCAACACAUUGGCGGCCAUUCACACAUACUGGUGGCCAGGAGUCCCGUCUUUGCCGCAAUGUUCCAGCACGAGAUGAAGGAGACGAAGACGGGCCAAGUCAGCAUUCAGGACAUCCAGCCAGACAUUUUCAAGCAGUUGCUUCACUACAUUUGCUCGGGCCGGCUAUCAUUACUACUGACUGAAACUACUGCCCAACGUCUGUUUGAAGCGGCCGACAAAUACGACAUUGGUGAUUUGAAAAAAGAGUGUGUUGAUUUUCUACUACUCUGCAUCCGCGUAGACAACGUGAUCAAUUUGAUGGCCUGGGCAAAUAUUCAUUCAGUUGAAGAGCUAAAAGAAGAAACUCUCGAAUUCACUUCGUACCGUGGGAAAGAGAUUUCUCUACUAAAAAACUGGAGGAGCCUGAUGAAAAAUUACCCUGAAGUCUUUUGUGAGGCAACUCGACGCAUCAUUGACCGAAUGUCACUGCCUUCUAAAAAGAAUUCCACCCCCAAUGGACGAUGAAUUCUGGUAUCCUUAUUUGGACUGAUGGCGAAUAUUCCUCAUAAGUUAUUUUGAUAUAAAACUACAUAUAUAUGUCUCUGGAUAAAUUUUUGGAAAGUUUUGCAUCGGUAAAAUAAAAAUAAAAAAAAUAUUGUAAUCAUACUGUCUACCUUCUAUAGGCCUACAUUACAGCACAAUUUUUCAGAGGAGUUAUCGACUGAAAGCCACAAGAGUCAAAAUUCCAGAAAUUCGUAAAAUUCGGUAAAAUCAUACAAUUUACAUGGUCGAUAACACCAGGCAUUUAUAUACCACAUUAGCGUUGCUUACUUGCUCUUAGGAAUUUAGUGAACUCAUACCUACGCAAAUCACGAAUUUUUUCCCCUCAUCUCAUCCUCGUUUAUCAGAAGCAGUUAUAGCAAGGUAUCCUAUAUAGUCAUUCGAUUCUCUAUUGGCAGUCUAAUAGCUAAGUUGGUGUCGAAGCACUUUGCAAAUGGGUUUUCGCGGCAUUUUGUAAUCCUGAAUUUUGAACUUUUUAUUGCUGGAUUAAUUGUGUAUUGAAUAUUUGAAUUUACUUUAAUUUGUGAAAAUCCCCGCUCAACAUAUUUAAUAUACGAAAUGACUUUUCACUAAUCUAAAAU